UUAGAGAAGUGUCGAAUAAGUUUUUUCUUUCGUAAAUAACUAUGAAAUUUGGUUUGAGACGUCCAAAGAAGUUCGUGAUAAGACAUGUCAUUUGCCCGAGAAGAUUUUAUUGAUGUCACACAAUAACAUUCUUGAGCUGUACAGUAUACAAUUCUGAUAGAGUACAUAUAACUGUAAAUUUGGCGAAUUUAUAUUCUACGUAAUGUUUUAAUCACUAAUUUGCGAUGUUCUUUUAUUUAUUUUAAAUAUACAAAUGAAUGCUGUUUGAUGUACCAUCUUUGAAAAUUCCAAUUUAUGACAGAUCUAGCGCCAUCACGUGACACAUUUAGGUUAUAAAUUGGAUCUAUAGAGGGAAUUCAAACCACAAAUGUAAAUAGAGUUUUAGAGGCGUGGUUGUAGAUUUUGGUUUGUUCUAAUUUAAUUCUUUCGAAGAAAAUGUCUGAGUCUCUACAAUUGCGAGGUACUCUUCGAGGCCACGAUGGUUGGGUUACACAAAUUGCUACGAAUGUUAAAUAUCCAGAUAUGAUAUUAUCUUCAUCUCGAGAUCGUUCGUUGAUGUUAUGGAAAUUGGUUCGUGAUGAGUCAAAUUUUGGUAUCCCUCAAAAACGGUUACAGGGUCACAGUCAUUUUGUUAGUGAUACUGUGAUAUCGUCCGAUGGGCAUUUUGCUCUCUCUGGUUCCUGGGAUAAGACUCUCAGACUUUGGGAUCUAACUAAAGGAGUCAGCACUCGCCUGUUUGUCAAUCAUAAUAAGGAUGUGCUGAGUGUUGCAUUCUCAGCUGAUAAUAGACAAAUUGUGUCUGCUAGCAGAGAUAGAACUAUUAAACUUUGGAAUACAUUAGCACAAUGUAAAUAUACAAUGCAAGAUGAGGGCCACACAGACUGGGUUUCUUGUGUUAGGUUCUCGCCAAAUUUACAGACUCCAGUCAUUGUGUCCUGUGGCUGGGAUAAGAAGGUCAAGGUUUGGAGUCUCACAAAUUGUAAACUUAAAACUGAUCAUACUGGCCAUACUGGCUAUCUCAAUUCUGUGACAGUUUCACCAGAUGGUUCUCUUUGUGCUUCUGGAGGUAAGGAUUGGACAGUUAUGCUGUGGGACUUAAAUGAUGAAAAGCAUUUGUAUACUCUGGAGCAUAAGGGAAUAGUCAAUGCUCUUUGUUUCUCACCAAACCGUUACUGGUUGUGUGCUGCUACAGGACCCUCCAUCAAGAUUUGGGACUUGGAAGGAAAAUUGUUGGUGGAUGAACUGUGCCCUGAAGUAGUCAGUCAGUUUUCAGGCUUAGACACAAACCCACCAGACUGUCUUUGCCUAGCAUGGUCUGGUGAUGGACAGACACUGUUUGCUGGUUAUUCUGAUAAUCACAUACGUGCCUGGCAGGUUGUGCCUUCUGCUGCCAGUUAAGCAGUAUAUUUAUUCCUUUUAGUUGUUUAGGCAUUUACUUGUAAGAAGCAGUAUUAUUUUUUGGUUCUCAGGUAUAGCUGGAUAAGCAUAAUUGCUGUUAUCAGAUGUGAAUCUUCUAGUCUCAUGUAAAUAAUUACAUAUGGUAAUUGCAAAAUAAUGUUUUGUAAAAUAAGAAUUUCUUUGAUAUUGAAAUGUUGAUUAAGGUGCUCAUCAUCUUUUCUCUGUUAGCAACUGAUGAUUCUGUAUGUUAUACAUAGUUGACUUGUAAGCAUUUUGACAGCUAGCAGAAUUUAUUUUAACAGUGCCACAAGGAAGAGAUUGAUGUGUCAAUUGCUCAUUCAGAUAAUGUUUUCAAGAAUGUGUAUAGUUUAUAAACAAGGAACUGUGAUAUUUAUUUGUUGUAUUUAUUUAUUUUAAUGGGCCCAGAUUUUCUUUUUUCAUUUCUGUGAUGAACUGUAUACAGGUGGUAAAUAUUCAGUGUAAUCACUCUUUUGUACUAUGAGCCUAAUUGUUAUUAGAAUUGUAUUACUUUCAUGUACUUUACCUUUCAAAUUAAAAGUCUUGCCAAGGCACAGUUUUCAUUAA